AUGGCUCGUACGAAAGGUAUCAACUCCGAAAGACCAUCAUCUUCAAAGGCUCCACGUAAAUACUACGCACCAAAAGCCGCUUCUAAGAAGGCAGCCGUCUCAUCAAAGAAGGCUGUCGCUGGUGUCUCGCAAAAGAAGCCCGUUGCCCGUCAUACUCACCCAGGUAUCAAGGCAUUACAAGAGAUUAAAUUCUACCAAAGAUCGACGGAACUCUUGCUCCGUAAGUUGCCAUUCCAACAUCUCGUCAGAGAAAUUGCUCAGCAGAGCAAGACAGAUCUCAGAUUUCAGAGCGCAGCCAUUGCGUGCUUACAAGAAGCGUCCGAGGCUUAUUUGGUCGGUCUAUUUGAAGACACGAAUCUGUGCGCUCUCCACGCGAAAAGAGUUACAAUCAUGCCAAAAGACAUGCAGCUUGCAAGGAGAAUUAGAGGAGAAAGACAGUAA